CUCACGGCCGGCAAACCUGGGAUCGUGCAUCCCCGGAAUAUCGAAUCAUGGAAGUGCCAUGUGAGUCUGGGCCUCUGGAGUCUGGGGAAUGGGGAUAGGUACAGGUGGGUACUCUAGCAGCAAAUGCAUGGAGAAUUGACCCGGUCCGAGAAGCUUCAUCGCUCCAGGAUUCAAUAUCGCAAGGGUGGCAGACCCCUUGAGCUAUGUCGUUCCGGACCAUGGAAGGGCAUUUCCGGGCAAUAUAUAUCCUCCAUUUCCUGACCGAAGAAUGACUUCCUGCACCGGUUCUAUUUUCCUUCAAUUCUUAUCGGCAUAACGAGACAUCGCUCGUAACAACCGUCAAACAUGGCGCUGCCACCGAAAUGGUACCAGUUUUUGGUCAGUGUCUUCGCGUCACUAGGUUCCCUCCUCUAUGGUUAUGACUUAGGUGUCAUUGCGGGGGUGAUCGCAUCCAAAUCAUUCGUGGCCAAAUUUGGUGAAGAAGCCAAUGAGAUCGGCGCGGUGGUAUCGGUCUUCACAGGAGGCGCGUUCCUUGGGGCAGGGUUCGCCGGGCCAACAGGAGACUAUUUCGGUCGUAAAAUCACCAUCAUGGUCGGCGCAAUCGUCUUUUGCGUUGGAGGUGCCCUUCAGACUGCUGCACAGAAUUUGGCCUAUCUAUACGCCGGGAGGUCCCUUGCGGGAAUGGGUGUCGGGUUUCUCACCAUGAUCGUGCCCCUCUACCAAGCGGAACUCUGUCAUCCGGACAUUCGAGGCCGGGUCACCGCCUUGCAGCAAUUCAUGUUGGGCGUUGGAGCUUUGGCAGCGGCAUGGAUCUCAUAUGGUACUUAUGUUGGAUUUGGACCGACCGAUGACCGACAGUGGCGAGUAUCGCUAGCACUCCAAGUGAUCCCCGCAGCCAUUCUGGCUUUGCUCAUCCUCCUUUUCCCCGAGUCCCCUAGGUGGCUCAUCGACCAGGGCAAGGUGGACCAAGGCUUCAAAGUCCUCGCACAGCUUCAUUCGGGCGGUGACACCAACGAUGCUUGGGUUCGAGCCGAAUUCGAUCAGAUUCAAGAGUCGAUUGCUAGGGAACACGAAGCCGCAGCCAAGUCAUACCUGGAACUGUUCCGUGACAAGUCUAGUUUUCGACGGCUCUUCCUCGCAUGCGCGCUUCAAGCGUCCGUUCAAAUGACGGGCGUGAGUGCCAUCCAAUAUUUUUCAGUCAAAAUCUAUUCCCAAAUCGGCAUUGAGGGAGAUGACUCGCUCAAGUAUCAAGCGAUUAGCUCGGUCCUCGCACUCGUGGCACAAUUCGUCUGCAUGAUGGUCAUCGACCGUACGGGUCGAAGGUGGCCUCUGAUUUUCGGAAAUCUUGGAAACAUGGUCACAUUUAUCAUUGCAACGAUCCUUAUUGCCAAGUUCCCCCCCGGUAGUAGCAACAACAGCGCCGCUUCCUGGGGAUUCAUCGUCAUGACAUGGCUGUAUAACGUCUCGUUCAGUGCAACGUGCGGGCCAUUGUCGUGGAUCAUUCCCGCCGAAAUCUUUGACAUGAAAACCCGGUCAAAGGGUGUAUCCAUUGCGACCAUGACAUCCUUUGCCUUCAACACCAUGAUUGGUCAGACCACGUCUGUUGCCAUGAGGGACGACGGCGGGAUCGGUUACAAAUGGUAUUAUCUGUUCAUUGUGUGCAAUUUCACCAAUGCUCUCUUCUUCUGGGCCUUCCUCCCAGAAACUGCCAAGCGGCCGUUGGAAGAGAUGAAGUAUCUCUUCACUGAAGCACCGUUGUUUGUUCCUACUAUGGACAUGAAGCAGUAUCAACAGAACGACCUGGAGCGCCGUGUGCAGGAAGUGGAGCGAAAGGGGAGUGUGGUGGCCCAUUCUGAAGAGGUAGCAUAG